AUGGGCAAGGGUGUCAACAAUGAGAAAGACACCUAUUGGGAGAAGAUUGCUGUUGUAGGGGAACCAUUAUUUUCAUUAAACAAUAGGUUGUUUUGGACAAACCAUAGUCGGAUUGUAAUGGUAUCAAUCCUAAGUAGUGUCGGCCAAGGAAAGUCAAAUCUUUCCCAUUUCCAUGACAAGGUGAGAAGCUGGGUGAUUUCUCAGGAGAUCUGCAGUUGUGCCUACUUUGAUUUUGAUGUUAAUUUAGUUUUUAGAGGAGUCUUCGUCUUUCGAAAACAGCGCUCCUGGGAGGAAAUGCAUGACAGACCCCCGGACAGACCCCCGGACAGACCCCCGGACAGACCUCCGGACAGACCUCCGGACAGACAGACCACCGGACAGACCUCCGGACAGACCCCAGGCCAGCCGGACAGCCAGCCGGACAGCCAGCCGGACGGCCCUCCGGACAGCCCACCUCCGGACAGAACAGCGGACGGGCGGACCGAGCGCCGGCCAAGGCGCAGGACAGACCACCGGUCGGACCUCCGGACAGGCGGCCGGACAGACAGGCGGAGAGACCCCGGAGACCCCCGAGACCCCGGGCCGGGCAGAGCGGUGGCCAGGCGGCGGCCGUCGGGCGCCCCCCGCACGAUGCGCUGCCUGGCUCUGCCGGUGUCGUCCCUGGUGGUGGUGGCGGUGGCCCUGCUGCUGCUGCUGGUGGCGGCGGCCCUGUCGGCUGCGGCGGCCCGGCUCCCGGGGCCCGCCCGGCCCGCCUCGCCCUCGUCGCCCUCGUCGUCGCCCUCGUCGUCGCCCUCGUCGUCGCCCUCCUCGUGGCCCAGCUGGCCCCCGGUGCCCGGCGGCGGCGGCCAGCCCGCCCAGGACUACGCCCAGCGCCAGCGCCCGCGCCAGCCCCGCGGGGAGGAGCCCGGCUGGGGGCCACGGACGGCUUCCGCUGGCAGCGAACUGGAGGAGCAGUUACGGGCCGUGUCCAGCGUGGAUGAGCUCAUGACGGUUCUCUACCCGGAGUACUGGAAAAUGUUCAAAUGUCAGCUGAGGAAGGGUGGGUGGCAGAGACCCCGGGAGCACGCCACCUUCGACACCAGGACCGAGGACACCAUCCAAUUCGCCGCGGCCCACUACAACACUGAAAUCUUGAAAAGUAUUGAUAAUGAGUGGAGAAAAACUCAGUGCAUGCCGCGUGAGGUGUGUAUAGAUGUGGGGAAAGAGUUUGGAGCCGCAACAAACACCUUCUUUAAACCCCCAUGUGUAUCCAUCUACAGAUGUGGGGGUUGCUGCAACAGUGAGGGACUACAGUGUAUGAAUACCAGCACAAGUUACAUCAGCAAGACGUUGUUUGAAAUCACAGUGCCACUCUCUCAAGGCCCCAAGCCUGUAACAAUCAGUUUUGCCAAUCAUACUUCCUGCCGAUGCAUGUCUAAACUGGAUGUUUACAGACAAGUUCAUUCCAUUAUUAGGCGUUCCUUACCGGUGACACAAACACAGUGUCACUCGGCAAACGAAACCUGUCCCCAAAACUCUGUCUGGGACAACAGGGUCUGCAGGUGCCUGACUCAGCAUGACCUCAGUUUCUCUUCCAACGCCGAGGAUGAUGACGCGUCCGACGAUUCCCACGCCAUCUGCGGGCCCCACAAGGAGCUGGACGAAGACACGUGUCAGUGUGUGUGUCGUGGGGGCCUGAGAGCCUCGAGCUGCGGCCCUCACAGAGAACUGGACAGGACGUCGUGCCGCUGCGUCUGCAAGAACCGGGUCCUCCCCGCCUCGUGCGGCGCCCACCGGGAGUACGACCGUGACACGUGUCAGUGUGUGUGCAGGCGGGCCUGCCCGUCCCACCAGCCCCUGAACCCCAACAAGUGCGUCUGCGAGUGCACCGAAUCGCCCAACAAGUGUUUCCUCCGAGGAAAGAGAUUUAACCAGCAGACCUGCAGUUGCUACAGACCGUCGUGUUCAGUUCGAACGAGGCGCUGCGACCCAGGUUUCUCUUUCAGUGAGGAAGUCUGCCGUUGCGUACCUUCAUACUGGAAAAGACCGCACGCUAACUAGACCAGGAAAUCCCACCGGCCAGUGGCCGUGCAGUUCUCCAACCCAAGAGCAAGACUUUUGCCCUCCUUCGGGAUUAACCGUGACCCAGAAGCCCGGUCCGGAUGACGGGAAGACCACCCGGUUUCAGGAACUCUGAGAAAAAGAGUAUAGAAGCCAACCGGGGCUCAUUCACCUAGGCGCUUAGUAUGGUGCUUCGCACGCAGUAAGCGCUCAAUAAAUACGAUUGAAUGAAUUAAGUACUCACCAAGGACCCAUUUCCCACCCGGCGACCAAACAGCCUAAUUUUUUUCUCUUUUGUGAUUUUUUUUUUUUAAAGAUAAUGACUAUAUAAUUUAUUUCCACUAAAAAUAUUGUGCAGCAUUCCUGUUUAUAGCAAUAACAAUUGU